AUGUUACUCGAGAAUGUUAUGUUUGUUUGUUUGUUUGUUGAAAACAAGUGGAGCAAUUAUUAUUUGGUUAAUGAAACGUUGCUGAAUGAUGUAGAUUUAUACACAGAUAACACGACAGAAGAUACCGUGACUUUAGACUAUAUUCUUGAACUUAUAUCGGAAGAAACUAUUUCAUCUAUUUCGUUCGAUAGUGAAUCAUCAGAACUUCUCCAAGAUUAUUUCAAUUGGUCGAACGAGUUUCUAGAUUUCUCCUUCAUUUCUUCCUAUUAA